AUAUGAAUACGAGAGUAGAUGAGAAUUGUCAAUUGGGCGGAACAAAUGGUCAAGUUGGGCCAUGGCGGAAAAGGCAGGAAAAACAGCGAGAGAAGGGAAUCGGAGCAACGAGAAGGUAUGCAAGAGAUGCAAACAGAUAUACGAUUCAGCUUCUAACAACUCAAAUUCAUGUCGAUUUCAUCCUUCUUUCUUUGUCUGUCGCCGUCACGACGAUCAGAAAAGGUAUUACGAACUAGGACCAGACGAUCCUCCUUAUGCUGCCAAGUUUUAUGAUUGCUGCGGAGCAGAAGAUCCUGAAGCAAGUGGCUGUACCACCAAUUUCCAUGUUUCAUAUGAUGAUGAGUAGGAAGUUUCUCAUGGUCUGUUAUGUAACCUUUCUCUAAAUUAGAAACUGUCUGUACCUGAAAGAAUUUUGCCCUUUGAUCUUAAAUGGACAGUCUCCACAUGGUCUACGUAAUUAUAUAUAUAGAAAAAUUUUGUUUGAUCUUGCA